AUGGGAUUUUUGAGUGGUGUGCUUGGUGCGGUGAAAAACGAAAAUGAAGUUGAAACAUACGACAAACAUCUUAAUAAAAGACUUAAUGAAGUACUAAAAGAGGUAAAUAAAAAUAUUGGCUCCGGGAGUGAUGGGCUUGCGGCGUCUGUCGGCGCGGUGAAGGGGUGGUUGGAGGGGUAUGAAGGAAAAGUAAGAGAGUACAAUGAAAAAGUAAGUGGACCAAUUAACUCACUUUUGCUUAGUAUUGAUGCGUGUAAAAGUGAAAUUGAUAUGGAAAAAGAUAGAGAUAUCGCUGACCAGAUAGCUGCUUGGACGAUGCGUGCGAAGGAUUAUAUUAAACAGGUUGAGAGCGCCGAAGGCGCCUUGGAAGACAUCGACUCCAAACUGAAAGAUAAGUUGAAAUGUCCAAUUCACAUGCUGUUGCAGGCAACGAAGACCUUCGGGGAGGAGGCGAGGAACAGGGACUUGGAGGAGAUAUAUGAUUUUACCAAUCUUAAACUGACCGACUUGUCAAAGUAUGUGGAUUCGAGAUUUUAUAAAAGAACUGAAGAGCUACGGAUCUAUUUGACGGGUCAGAUUCGCGAUUUGUAUAGAAUGCUAGAAGAAUUCAAAAGGUGCCAGUUUUAUGAUUUGCAAUCGUUUGUUAGUCAGGAUUUGCAUAAAGCCUUUGUGUCAGUGUUUGAUGAGAUAAAACUCCUUCAAGAAAUGUAUGGAGAGCAUAUUGUUCCAGAAGUUCAGAACAUUUUAAGAGAUGCAUUGGCAGUGAAGGACAAGGUUGCUUCCGAAAAAAAAGCAACCAUCACCGAAGUGAAUAGAUUAGAGCAGCAGAUUUUGGAACUUGGAGGUGCUAGCUCAGAUGUUAGCUAUAAAGUGACGAAUGAGGUGAAUGUUUUGCAGAAUGACACAGCAUUAAAAAAACUAUUAAUCGUGCUUAAAAGUCAGAUUGAAACAAAUAUGGAGAAUUAUCUGAAUAAGUUGAAGGGUGCGUUGGAAGCGGGUAUGGGAGCUGCUACGAAAUUUUACGGUCAAUCUCGGUCUGGUGUGAGUGUUCUUGGUAAUCAUAUGAAGCAUAAUGAGAUAUUUCCCGAACUGGGCGAGAAACUUGUACAACUUGCUAAUACAAAAAGCCCUGACCCAACUAACUUGGAAAAUGCCUUACAUUAUUUAAGCCUUUUAAACAGAGAAUUACAACCUCCUAACAGCCCGUCGGAAAUAUAUGAAAACAUUAAGAAAGCUUUGAAGCAACGAACGACUGCUGUCGACUACCAACUCGGUAACUUGAUACAAACGUCGAUUAGAAAGGGCAUAGGUAUGCUUCAGGAGACAAUUAAUAAAAACAUUGAUGAACAUUUAAACGGCAUUAAACUAGAGUUCCAAAAGCUUAAACCUGUAAAAGCUCAAGGUAAAUCGGAGCUUCAGAAAAAUGCGCACGAUCUGCACAAACAAAUAGAUGCAUUUUUGAAACAAAAAGUCGGAAUUACCGGAAACGAACCCGAAAACACCUUCUACAAACAUUUGAAUAAACUAAAGGAAAAUAUCGAGACGCUUGGUAACAAAGUUGCUGCCGUUCAUACGAAAGUAAAUAAAGUUGGGGAAGAAUUAGAUAAAUGCAUAACUCGAAUUCAGCAUAUGCUCCAUGAUAUGCCCAUAAAAACUGAGGAUAUAAUGACGCGUUUGAGAGAAUCUAUAAACCUAAAGAUUGCCGAAAACUUUCGAGCCAUUCAAAAUAAAACCAAGGAGCUGUAUUCCGCAACAAAACAUAAAAAACUCAACGCCUUGCAGGAGAUUGUUAGAAAGCAGUACGAUGCGAUUGAGUACGUAAUUCAUAACAACGUUAACGGCGGUACAAAAGGUUUUAUGAAAAGACUGCAAGUCUAUUUUGUUGACAAAAUCGAGGACCAUGCAACCAAGCUGGCCUCUGACCUCAAAAGUCCAUCUUCGCAUCCGGGUCUACUAGCCGAACAAAAAACAUUGGAGUACUUUUCUAACAAGCUCAAAAAUCAUUUCCAUUUAUUACUGCAAGAGGUGAGUGACUCAUCCGUUUUGCCUCAUCUCACUCCGUUGUCCACCAAACUGGAGACUCUACUCAAGCGCAUUAGCAAAUCAAAACAUUUCGAUUAUCUCGUAUCGGACAAGUAUGAAGACCUCCAAAACGCCCUUGACAACUUCGCUCCCAAAAAGUUUGGUGACCUUGACUCCCCCCUCCUCGCCCCCCUCAAGUCCGGCCUCUCCGAAUUCGCCGCGCAACUCGGCCACGCGUACGUGAGCAGGUACUCGGGUAAACAUUUCAACGGGGCUUUAGUUACUAAGUCUACUACCAAAAAGCCUGCCGAAACUCAGAAACAAGACGCCCUCGAUAAUUACGAUUUAACCCCUGAGGGCCGCAACUGCGCCAAGGUCUGCCUGACGAUAGUGGAGAUGGUGAUGGAAGAGAUGGCACAUCUAAAAAGUCAAUGUCCAACUAAUUACUCGUCGCGUCCAAUCUAUUUAAGAUCCGGUCCUGGUGCAUUGUUGAAGAAAAUGGGCUUCGUUGUCGCAUCUGAGGAAUCCAAGCAGGACGGUCAACUACAGAACACGGCAACCAUGACCGGUGACAGAAUUGGUAAAUUGAUUGGCAGAAAAAUUGACAGCGCUAAAAACAAUACGCAUCUUCCAAAGUGUAAGGAUCAUGACGAAAAUGAGUUGGCAGAAAAGACACCAACUGCAACAAAAUCUGACUUCCAUAUCAUGGACGUUCUCGACUGUCUGUUCAGACACUUACGACAAUAUAAUGAGGUUUGUCAUUUUGCAACGUUUAAGUCUACUAAAACUCCUUGCAGUGUAUACGAGAUGCUGGCGUGGUGUACUGGUCUCCCAUACAACAAAGCCUACGCUGCGUUGCUUAGUGACGGCGUCAAUUCGCAGCUUGAUGACCCAGAUGAAACAGUUGUCAGCGCUGAGGGCGACCUUGAUAUAGCAAUAUAUAACCAUCAAUCUUCAUACUUGAAUGCAUAUCCAAAUGCUGUUACGUACAAUUGUAUAGACACGGUGGUUAGUGACAUUUGUUCGAUGUCUCAUGAGAUUCUUAUCACUAUCCUCGGCACAGGGGACGAGUACACAACAUACGCUUGCGAGUUCUCCAACAACUCUAUCGGCUUAAAAUAUCCUGCGUCUGGCGAAGAUUGCCUUGAUAUGUUCCUCGACAUCCUCCGCAGAUUAUUUCCAGUAUUGCAAUUCAUCCAUAGUCGAUGUAAAGUUGGCGACAACCACUUCGGCUGGCGUGAGUGUUAUUACGGCAAGGACAUUCAGACAACCAAAUGGCCGUGUACCGAUCACUCAACUGACAAAGCAGCGUGCCAAGCAAACUGCCAACCAACGUGCCAACCAAAUUGCCAAGUAAACUGCCAUCCAGCAUCGCCACUUCAGUCUUACCUUAAUGACUGUCUUCCUGGUCACCUACCACAUCAAUUGAUAACUGCUGGUUGUAAGGCGGUGUGUAAAACAUGUCCCAGUAGUACACCUGGGAUGCCGUGUCUAACACCCUGCGGCUUCAGGGGAUUCUCAGGAAGCAAGCGCAGAGGUGACGUCAUUAGCAACGUGCUGAGUAAAUUCUUCGAUAUAACUAACCUUGCGUCGCUAUUCUGCCUUGUGCCCACGCCGCCGAAGACGCUGCCAGAGCAUUUCAACUUCGCUGUUUCGCUCGUCCGAGAAUGGGAAGCGAUUGCUACACUCAAGUUUGAAAAGCCGAUCGAAACAUCAAUUGACACGGUAUCCAUCGGCCUUUGUAAAAAACCCCGUGAGCUAACCGAUGCACUUCGUUAUGUUUAUGGCAGCAGCCAAAAUGACCACGGUGCUUUUCACCCGAAUCCCAUGUGGGCUGAUGUGUCCAGUUUGUGUAUGCGAAAGAAGUGUUAUGGUAUAGAUGAGCGUUGCGCUCCUUAUAUACAAUCAGUGUGCUACGACGCAUAUUAUUACUUGGCUUACAGACAUUCGGACAUCUACCUCUCAUGGGCAGUCUACCUCCCAUGGACAUUCUGGAGUUUGCUUAAUAAUUUGUACAAUGCUUUCUGUAACAUUAAUUGUCAAGAUUGGGGUUGCAGGGGUUGCCUGAGAGGUGACAAAUGUAAAAAGGGAGAUCACGGAUCUGUCGACGACAAGACCAAGAAAUCUAAUUGCCAAUGUUCUUCUAUAGUAACCUGUAAAGGUGUAUCACCAACGCUCUACAGAUAUGGUUUCCGCUUCGGCGAUGCGUCUAGCAUGAAUGAUGGCAAAUCAACAAAGACGUGUUCCGAUUUCUGCACCCAAUUGAAACGUGUACUGAACAGCAAGUAUUUCAAGGAGCUGUUUAUACAGUGCGACAAAUUCCUUUUCACCAUCCGCGCCCCCUUCAUCUGGCUCAACGUCGCCCUCUGGCUCCUCUCUCUCCUGUACCUCCUCCACAUCAUGGUAAUCCGCCUCGACCUGCUCCACAUCAAAUCACAUUUGAGAUCACCCUCAUCGCACCGUAUCGCUGCUCAAUCACUACUCGCCGCUGCACGUGUUAACAAACUGGGGAAGGUGUUUUAUCUGCAACCAUAA